CCACGCUCAGUGACGCCGUCAUGGCCGCGUUUGUUAUAUCCAUCCGACACUGCGCGCGGCAGGUGUUACGGAGAAAGCACCAUUUGUUGGUCAGCGGUGCUCUGACUACUGCUUCAGUGCAGAACACACGGAUCCUAAACACACAGGUCAAGAACAACGAUGCACAUGAAGAAAAAUGCCAUUGUUUUCCUUCCAUCUGCAAAACUGUUGCGUUAAGUCGGUGUAAUGACAACCACUUUUGUAGCCUUCUAUAGGCUUUUGUUUCGCUUUAGUUUGUGAGUUUCUUUCGAAGCUGCCAUGUUCGUAUUUUGCUUCAACGGCGGGGGUCCCUGGAAUGGUUGGUUAUUGUAUUCAACCUAUUGCAAUGGCUUCUGAUGAUGAUUCCAGCGUUUGUGGCAAAGUUUUGCCGUCUUUGCUGUCAUACGAAGAACAGCUGUCUCCAGAAUGGAAAGCGGUCUCGACGAGCGAUGAAAGGAUCUACUUUGUAAAGUAAGUCAAACCUCGUUUUUUUAAUAGUUAGUUAUCAUCACCACAAAGAAAGCGUCGAAGGUAAAAAUAGCAAAUUUCUCUUCUGUCUUCAUCAUUCUAUAGGUUAUUAAUCGUCUAACAAUUUUUGCAUUGUUUUCAAAUCAAAGAUAAAAGACCAAGUCAAUUCAAGCUGCCAUCAGCGGCAGAAAUGCCGAUCGUUUUCUCCACUACAUGAUCUCUAAAAUUAGCUUUCAGAGAUUUACCCGGAAAUUUGUUUUUACGUACGACUAUGCCCGGUGAGGUUCAAACCUCAUUUUCUAUUUUGCUGGACGAAGCAUUCGGUCGCGUUGACAGCCAUAAACCGAAGCACCUGGUUAUGUUAGUAUAAGCACUUGAUCGCACCAAUCUAGUGAUCCACGGGUCUGUUUCGGAGCCAUGUUGAUUUAAUAGACGGUAUGAUUUCGACAUGUUUGCGUUCUGCUUUGGAUUGACAGCCAUCGUACAAGAUCAACGCACUGGUUUCCUCCGCCUGAAGUUUGGAUCAGUAAAUUAGGUCUUCCAUAUGGCUGGGAAGCGGCCUUAGACAGCCACAACAGGAAAUAUUACAUUAAGUGAGUAUAAGAUGAAUAUAAAUAAAUAAGUUCUUAGCUCUCUCAGUUGAAUCUAUCCAUGCGAAACGCCGCUAUCCAUUUGGAUAUUGGCUGCAGACAGGUGUACAAAUGUAAACAAUCCAGUCGGUAAAAAACGUUUUAAAUUUUGUAACUAGACCCAGGGCAGCGGCUAUAUCUUUUCUCAAAAAAUGAAAUACAGGGUAAAUUUGCCACUAAUUGGCAUUUGGAUUUUUCAUGUCGAUAGAUUUUAAAAAUAUAAAAAUUAUAGGAUUUAAACUAAAUUAGUUUAUGGAUGAUCGUUUAUUCUUUGCUCAACUGUUGCAUAAUAUUAAAUCACUCAACCGUAAAGCUUGUAAUUUUUUAGUCUCAAAAUAUUUUGAAAUGUGUAGGAUCAUUAUUGUUUAAAUAAUGUCUUUCUUAAAGGUGUUGAUCAUUCCUUUAACCAAUUACAUUUCGAUUUCUAAUCAUUAAUUUUUUUUCCAUAUGAAUAAUGCGCACCUAACAGAGCUAAUUGUGGACUACUAAGUGCUUUGAUGAUAACUUUCAAGAUGUUUGAUUGAGGAUCUUUCAGUAGGAGAAUGAAUUUUCAAUGUAUUUGCCAGCAAUUGGCCACACUUUGCAAGUGGCCAUCAUCUGAUUUAAAAUGCAUUCGGACUUUUAAUAUUUCAGCCAUCUAUUAAAUGAUCAUGAAAGCUGGUUUAGCUGCUGCACUUUUACCAAUAUGCUCAUUUGAGCAUAAAUGUAUCAUGCAACUAGUAUUCAACGAUAUCAUGUCCUUUGAGCAUGUUUAAGUCAUUGUGAAAAGUGAUGAAAGUUUUCUCAUUGACUGUGUUAAAGAUGGGGGAAGUAUUUUCUGUUUCCCUGGGUCAGUAGGCUCAAACAUGCAUAGAAAAUGACAAUUGCUUUAAUUCAUUUAUGCCACAUUAAAUGUUGGCGACUUAAAAUACAUAUUGAUUAAGACACACUGAAAAAGAAAAAAAACCUUUUUACAGUUACACCACUUGGUUUUGAAAGGUGUCUAUCAGGCUCCCAGUUGUUCAAAAGGAGGAUUAGCGCUAUCUGAUGGAUAAAUCUCCAUCCAGUGGAUAACGCAAUUGGUUUCCCAAAUAAUUAUCCAGUGGAUAGUGAUUUAUGCAGUGGAUAGUGCUAUCCGACGUUUGAACAACCAGGGCCUGCAGAUGUAUAAUCUGAUUGUGUAAAAUAGUUUUACAGUUAAGUUUGUUUACGUCCAUUACAUUGUGAAUUCAGCUCUGCUAGUCUGUGCUCAGACAUCUCCUUUUUUAUUUAUUUCAUAUGAAAAAGGAGCUUAUACCGAGAGAAACUGUUUCAAUUUUGUGUUCCAAACUGCUUGGAAUGACAUGCUCAUGGACCAUUUGCUUGCAAGCCUUUCUUAAUAUUUAAUGAGAGUUUAUUCUUUGAUAUAUGACUGACAGUUACUUGAAACCUAAGAUUAUCAUAACUGGCUGCCUAUAGUUGCCAAGAAUCAAGGGCCUGGUGAGGUGUUAGGUGAGCCAGCCAAGCAGGCUGGUCUGCUUUAACAGACUAGCUCAGCUCAUAAGUACAUUUUUUCAUUAGCAUUUUUGUUUUGUUUAAAAUUAUAUGAGAAUUUAGACCGUUUGCAUGCAGCUUAAGAACAUUUCAGUUUCUCAACCAAGAUCAUGGUAAGCAGGCCAAUCUGUCUAACCAGGCUGGCUUCUCAUCUCAUAUACACAGUCUGAUCUAACUGGGGAUACCAGCCACCAUUGUCCAAGAUGGUUACUCAUACGACUUUCAAGCUAUUCUCACCCAAUAGAGGAGACUCCUAAUGUUAUGAGCUCUGUUUCCUUGUGGUUUGCUGAUAAUGCCACAAUUUUUGAUGAGCAAGCACCAAUUGGUUUCCUAUUGUAUUUGUUAAGAAUUUUUCUCAAAAGUAGGUCAUCAUACUCAACCUACUUAAUGAAGUGACUCCUGGGUUCACUAACCUUUCACAGUUUUUCUCAAAUUUGCUUCACACCACAGACAGCCAUGGGGUGCCUGUGGAAAGCUUACACUUUAUCUGUGACUUUAAUUGCUUUCCUCUUUUAGCUGUCUGUAGACAUUGCACAAAGAGAUCACUUACUGAAUUCCUGCAAAGCCCUACCAUAUGUGUAGCCCCCCCCUCCCCCCCCCUACAGAGGAAAAAUGGAGUGAGGGAGCCUAACCCUAACCCUCCCUUUGUUUUUCCUUUGUCUGGGGGAGGGUGCAGCUACACGUAGGCUAGCAAAGCCCCAUGUUAACUUUUGAUAACGUGUUGGGAAUUCUUUUUAUUGGUAAUUUUGCAGUGUCUCAAACGUUCAAGAAUUAUAUCUUUCAUAUUUAUUUAUAUAAGCCAUGUAACAAGGACGACAACCCGUGAAGACCCAAGGUCAGAAGCUGAUCAAGCAACUCAUCUCCAGAUGGUAAACAAUCAGCACUUGAUUCAGUAAACUGUAUACCGUUUUAUUAUAUCAUGAUAUGUUCGGAGGACACUUCAAGUGUACUUGGUAAAGUUUCUAUAUAAGUGUUUAAUGAAAAUUUUAAAAAACCCGGAUUUUUCUUUUUUGAAAAUGCAAAAUCAAACCUUGAUUAUUUCAAGAAAAGUAGGUAAUAGUAAUUUUAGAGGAGCACCAUGGGUAACAAAAAAUGAUAUCCUAUAGAUGCGGGAAAAUUUGUAAUCACGUGACCGUCAUUCUCUACGUCCGUCCACCCCUACAUGUAAGCCGAUGUCAAAUGUCACAUUCAGUGCACAAAAACUGGCAAACAGGAACACAUAUGACAUUUCCUCCAUAAAACGUGUAACUAGGAAGUUUAACGUUGUAGUCUUGCAAAGAAAUGUACAGAAAUGAAAAUGCAAAGAAAUUUACCAAAAAGUGUGCUAAUUAGACCUUUUUUUUGCAGUUCUCGUUGCCAUCAGCGUUUAGUAUUACACGAUUUUAUUUUUUCUUUUUUGCUUGAGGAAAUUAUACGUAUGUCAACGAGAGCUUGGCUUUUAGCCCUGGCUAAGAAUUUAUAUAUUAUAAGUUUGUUGUCUAUACCACCUACUAUCAUUGAUAGUCCCACAACAUCUACUUGCAGGUGCAACUGACAGAUUUUUAUCCAAAAUGAGCGAUUUAUGCUAAAUAACAUGCCUCAUGUAUUCAUGUUUGAAAAUGAUUUUGUCUGAAAGUCCUCAAUUGUUACCUUGAUUAUUUUCCUCGGUUAUCGUCUGCCAGAUUAAAGGCUCUAUGGGUCUCUGAAAAUAUUGUAGACAAAUAGUCCACUUGAAUGUGGACACCUAGUUGGUUGAACUACAACACAUACAUGCUCCUAUUUGUUUUAGGCCUGGUCCACACGUAUCCGUUUUUGUUUGAAAAAGGACAUUUUUUUCCUUCGGUUUGGCCUACCGUCCACACAUAUUCGGUGAAAACGGUCACCGUUUUUUUUAUUAUUAAAAACGCCCUCCAGAGUGAAGAUUUUUGAAAACCCUGGUCACUCGUCUACGUGUGGACGGACGAUGACGGAGGUUUUCGAAUACGAGGAUGUAAUACAUCAGUUUACUACCAGCAUAACGCAUGCUCUGUAAGGGAUGCUAUCGUAUUUCCAUUGUCAACCGUUUUCGUAUGGAUGGACGAAAACGAUUCUAAUACGCUAUGCAUGGACGCGUAUUCAUUUUGAAACGGAGAGGAAAAAAUUUAAAAAUAUCCAAAUACGUGUGGUCGGGGCCUUUUAACACUAUCCUUUUUUUAACAGACUUCAACUCAGGCAAGAAGAAUUGAACUUAUCAGAGAUGAAACCAUAGGUAUGGAUGUUGUUCAUAAUCUUAUCCAGAUCCUUAGCUUGUAGAGAAUUCUCAGAGCUAAAAUGAAGAAUAUUGGUAACUAUUAAUACUUCUGGCAAUUAAUGAAAUGAUUUUACCAUCAAACAUAAGAGGAUUAACACAGUUUUGGACAUUUUCAAUUUAAUUCAAUAUUGAUAAACAAAAGGCAAUGUAAACAAGUUUUCUUUCAGUGUGAACAUUUAAUAUGCAACUGUUCGAUGGGCAGGGUGUUUAUAUUGAAUCAUGUUUUGCAGGUUUUGGAUUUGUUGCGGGCAGUGAAAAGCCAGUAGUGAUACGCUCUGUAAUACCAGGUAAGAAACUUCAGCAUGUGGUUAACAUACCUUAUUCACACUUAAGCUAGAACAUGUCUUUUUGCCGAAGGCGAGGAUUCGUAUUUAAUUUCGUAAUAAGGUUCUUUAAAAAGAACCCAAACUUUGGAAAAAAUGCAUAUAUGCACCUUUUUUAGCCAAAUUUCUACCCCAUUAUUUUGAAGCAGUCACUCGUUUUCCUUUGCCUUAGUGUCGAUUAUUUAUUUGUCGUAUUUUGUUCACAGAUGGACCGUCGUUCAACAAGGUGUAUGCUAAUGAUCAGAUCCUAAAGGUAAAUGGAAUGGAUGUACGAGAUUCUCCACAAGUCGAUGUCAUCAGCCUAAUAAAGUACGUAAAUAAUAGUAUUCAGAAAUGCUAUGGAACUUCAAAUAAUGACAGUCCACGUGUAGUAAAUGGGUUGAAAGACUAGAUUUAGAAUAAUGAUAGUCACCCUUCCCCUCCCCUCCCCUCCCCUCCCCUCCCCCACCCCGACUCCUUCCCGUUACGUCUCAAUAGAGAAUUUAGAAUUUCUUUUACGUCAAACAUCAACUUGUAGGGCGUGAGCAAUUUUGCCCAUUACUUGUCCUUUAAUAUUGAUGUUAUUUGUACAGAAAUAAAAAAGUUUCGUGACAUCUUCAUUCAUAAGAAUUUUUCUGUACAGUUUUUAGUCUGCUCAUUUCCUAUUUUGAGAAGUUGUUAAAGUGAAUCUGACAAUUGCUGUUUUCCCCAAAAUUGAUUGUAAAUAUCUCUAUUGUCCUUUUAAAAGAUCUGAGGUCAAAAUUCGGGACCAUCGAAAGUGUUUGUUUUUGUGCAGGAGUUCCGUUGGAAGUAUUGAACUGGAGGUGAUAGCAAGUGACGACGUACAAGAUACUAAAAACAAGGCAAGGGAUGUUUCUACUUUUAGUUUAGCUGAGUCCGUUCUUUUGCAGUGCAGCGAAAUGCGUAUGGGUUCAGAUAUCAAUGCGCACGAAAUUAAAGGGCAAAUUGUAGAGGCCCUAGAGUCCAGUCUUUUAAUCUGGAAAAAAAUAAUGUCAGCGAUCAAUUUCUUAAAGGAUAGGUCUCAUGCACCAUGGGACUAAAGGCAGUCAGUCUUUAGUGUCAUCAGGCAAAAUUAGCGGAGAGUAAAACUGGCAACAUAAUGAACAAGACGAAAACAUACCGUUUUGUUGUGUUCCUUUUUUUCUGUUUGUGAGAUGGUAUUAAACCCUUUAACCCCCAAAGGAAGACAAAUUCAAAAUCCAACAAGCAAAUAGUAUCUUGUAAAAUCAUUACAAAAUAGGUUUCGUUUUUGAAUUGCCACACCACAGGAUUUCGUCCACAUUAGAACCAUCUCAGAACAAGUCUCCGACAUUCACUUUGCAAGUGAAAAGUUAAAUAAUAUAAUUAGACAAAGAAACUGUUUGAAAAUGGAGUUUUUCGAUGAGUUUGAAAACCAAUAUUUUAAGUUUUAUCUUCUAAUGGUUCUCGACUUUUAUUCUAGCAUAACCGGAAGUCAUCGCUAAUGAGUCGAACGACAAGAGAACGUCGGCGAUCUACUCCAGUCUCUGUGCGCUUUGCAGAUGAACCUGCGUUAGUACAGGUCAUUGGUCCAAUGGAACCUGUCAGAAGAGUAGGUUGUACUCAGUAUAAUAUUGAUGAGACCAGUCUAUUAGCAAAUCACUUUCAAACCGUUUAAGGGCCUUAAAGGUGGUGACUUAAACAGUUUCAGCUUGUAUUUCUAAACUGAUUAGUGAAUAGAUAUGAAGACAUGACACAUAAUCCCGGUACGUGUAGAGUGUUCUGUUCCUUUUUCCGAUAUUUGGUAGCAUUUUUAAAAUGAAGUACGUUUUGUGAAAAUGAAAUUUUUUUUUUGCAAACUAAAAUAUAUGUGAUAAAAAAUUAUGAGCAGCAGAUCUGUACCGGUUUUCGGCCGACUAAAUAAGGACAAUUUUCCAAUUGAUUUACCGACUCUUUUUAAACAUUAAUUAGUGAAUCAUUUUAACUUAAUUAUGCAAUAUUUAUUUUGAAAUCCGUUAUUAACGCCCAAUUUCUUUUAGUAUUGCUAGGUUUCCUUGAUUACAGUGACUCAGUCAGGCUUUUUUGUUUCCAACAGUCUUCAGUGCCGCUUAUUCCAAAUGUGUUGAAAGUUUUUCUGGAAAAUGGUCAGACACGUUCUUUUCGGUACGACUGCAACACAACUGCCGAGGUGAACCGUAAAUCUUGCUUUACCUUUUACGUGAUGAUCAGUUACUCAUUAUAUUAACACAUAUGACUUAAGAAGGGCAUUGUUAUAUGUAUAAAAUCUGGUGCUGUUUGCUACUACCAAUAAGAAAAGCUGCGAAUAAAUCAAAUAUUUUUGUUUUGCCUCAUCCUUGCGGAGAAUGGUCGAUUUUGAGUCACAUAAUAUUCUUCCAACUGGUUCAACAGAUGAUGAUUUAAAAACAAAAACACAGACUGCCAAUAACCAAGUUAACGGCACAAUUAAUGCUACUUGUCAUGGUAUCUUACUUACGUGACCUACUUAAGAAAAGUGAUCAUUGCCAAUUACAAAGAACGUACCCGCUUCAGAGCAUGCUUUGAUCAUCUGCCAUGUUGUUAGGCGUUGUAAUUUGUUCAUAGACUGACUUUGGCUUUCUAUUUGUUUUAACAUGCUCAGGAAAUUUUUCGCUCAUUUGCUUCAAAGCUUGAUCUGAGGUCAUUGGAGCAUUUCAGUCUUGUUCUGACUGGCCCAAAAAAGGGACAAAUCUCCUACAUACAAAACCACGAAAAGAUUUCUGAGGUAAAUUUUCUCAUGAAGUGUCGAUCCUUGUUUAUUUCUUGGUAAAACUUGGUAAUUUUUGUUAGUAAGGAAUAUUUUUUGUUUAGUUCAGGCUCGCGGGCUGUACAUUAUUUACUGUUUAUUAUUCAUUCAAAAUAUUUACCCCAAUUUUGAUUGGCUAAAAGCACACGCAUAAUUCACAAUAACCAUUUACUGAUGACCAAAUUUGGAAGAAUUUUGUGUUCAACGAGGAAAUGACGUGAAAAAUGCAGCCCGCUACAGGUUAAGGCACCGUUACCGAGAAGACCUUGGGACGAGGUUGAGUUGGAGUUGUUUUGGUUGUGAAAACGGCGGACAUUUCACUCGUUUCAAGAGUAAGAACUACUGCUGGAACUAGGCAAAAUAACAGCUAAAAACAUGGCGAAAACGGCCUGAAGACAACUCGAAGGGCGACAUCUGCUAAUUGGACAAUAUUUGCGGAGCUGGACAAACCUAAACGUACACUAUCGAAGAUGAACUUAACAUCGAUGCAAAUAAGCAUGUUUUAGCUAUUUUUUUAAACUGGGAAUUAUUUUGAAUGAAUAAUAAAGCAAUUAAUGAAUUCGGCUUUUGUAGGAUAUGAAGAAAUUAAGCAGAUCUGGGAGGGUGUUAUCCACCUCGGCUAUCGGCCUCGGUGGAUAACACCCUCCUCGAUCUGCGUAAUUCUUCAUAUCCUAUUCAGCCUCAUUCAUUAAUUGCCAAACAUUUUUUCCCAACAGAUUUUCACCAAUCGAAACUGCAGUAGCGUCAACUGUCUGUGUAAACUUAAUAUUGCGUGAGUAUCUCCCUCAUUCGUAUAUAUAUAUUUUUUCAGAUUAUUAUGCUCAUGCGCCACUUGCACAUCUUCCAUAAUGCACCGUAUUUGCCCUGCCCACAAAUUUUGCAUAAGCAUUGUUUUCAGUUUCUCUAGGGACGGCUGUAAUACCCGGGAGAAAUGGAAAACAAAGGUUAUGCAAAAUUUGGGGGUGGUGGGGGCAAAUAAGGUGCAUUAUGGGGGAUGUACAAAAGGCGUAUUGGUCACUUUAACUAAAAUUCUUUUUUUUUUUAACCAGACACCAAAAUUAGACGACAUAGAGCUAAAUUCGAAUUCUCAACUGCAGUCUCUUUGUAUCAUUUGUGGAUUUUUACUGUAACCAUGUGUUGGAGUAUUUUCUUGUGAACGUAAAAGGACUGCGGCGUAUGCCAUGCCGAAAGUGUACCACGGGUUGGAAUCAAAUUAAGUGGCAGUCGAGCGUAGAGCUGCCUGGCCUUUUUCGGAGUGAUUUGUGUUACAGUCAAUUCUGUUCUAUACACACUAUUUUAAAUUCAUACAACCAGGUAAUUCGCGAAGGAAAAACAAGCAACAACAAAAAAUAUAACAACAAACAGGAAAAUCUGUAACUGUAAGUUUAAAUUUGGAAAUACGAUCCCAGUGCGUCUCGAUUCGUCAAAUCAGUUCCCAGUGUUUGGAUAUCAGAUCAUAGUUAUUAGAGGAGACUGGUUAUGAAAAGCGGCAAACAUCAAUGAUAAAAACAACAGUGCUGCAGUUUAUGUUGGAAGUACCGUGAAAGUGCACAAUCCUUUGUUUUCUGUUGGCAAAUUGUUACGGAAUAAAUUAAUGCAACGUUUUUAUUGGUCAAUACAAUCAAAAUGAUAGGAAUUCUUUUGAACGUUGUGCACUUUCAGGUCCACAAAAACAUAUAACAAAGGAGUCUGACGGGUUUCAUAACCAUUCCACUCAAUUAACUAUGAUCAGAUGUAACACUCCUUCUGGUGUUUGAUAUAUUGUGUAAAUAGUUGUGCUUUAUAAUAACCAGGUUUUGUGUUUCUCGUUUUUAUCAGCUUUGUACCCAAGGACCAUUUUGAGUUGCUUUCACAGGAUCCUAAUGCUUUUGAGUAUCUUUAUGCACAGGUGAAUACAUUUAAGUGACCAUUUUGUGCGGUGAGAAUAUAUUCCCAGAACUUAACAUAGUUGAAGCCAUUAAGGGUCAAAUGAACCAAAAUUUCGACAUUUUUUAUUUUAGAUCGAUUCUAGUGAAAUAUGUUUAAUAUGAACCUAAUAAACAUACUGUGAAGUUUCGGCUCAAUUGAAGCAAACAUCUCCGAGAUAUUCGCAAUUAAAAAUUGCUAUUUUGUGGCCCUUAUCUUCGUAGAGUGGUCGGAAAAAUUGUCGACAAAAACAGCUUGUGACGUCAAUGUUAGUCAAGUGAAAAAAAAGAGGGAAAUUUAAAAGAGUGUUUUUCGAGUCGACUUGGCGCAGAAAUUAUGGUGGUUUGUGUGGCCAUACACCUGGAAAGAACUAGCAAUUUGCCGCCUUCAAAAGUUGCAAGGUGUGGUUCUAACCUUCUCAUCAAUUAAUUUUCUCGAAGAAUACAUCAUAGUAAAACGAACUUUAAUGACAUUAAUUUCCUUGCGUUGUACUGGAAAUGUACGAGCCUAGGUCCGAUUUUUUUCAAGAUGCAUUUAAAAAAUGUGUUCAUAUAAGGAAGUUCUUAAACAUGUAAGGUCCGGAGCUCCACUGUGGACGCAAAAACAAAAUAUCUUUGGAUAGUGAUUUGCCCAAAGAAAUUCACGCUUGCCCACAAUGUGUUUGAAGUCACUUGAACUGUGUCGCGCUUGAGCUGAUAUUUUAAAACCCACGCUCGAUCGGACACUUAAAGCUUCGCAGAUCACUAGUAUAAACAAAAUCCUCAAUGUAGAAGUUUUGGCGUUAAUAUUUGGGCAGAAAAAGAGUUAAUCUUUAUCUAGUAAAAUAAACCCCAAAAUUGUUUUUAAAACGACUAUUAGUUUUUUAAACUUGAUCGUUUCGCGCAGAUAAAUUUUGCUUUGUGUUGUCAAGUUGAACAUGCAUAACACCUAUUCAAAAACCUACGUGUAAGUUAUAUAAAGUAAGAUUUCCUUCGAACAAAGUUAAAAUUACAUUAUUGCAAAAACUUCUUUGCGGUUAUGUAUAUGAUUUAAUAACCGACUUAGGUCACUUUAAGGACCAUAGGCGCCACUUUAUUAGCUCGCAAAGAGAUGCGACAAGCAAAGAACAAUUCCAUCAUGCAUAAAAUUCAGCUUAAGUGAACUAAAAAUUGCAAAACAUCAAAUUGCUAGUAAAAAAACAUAAGGCUUAAGGCUUUUAUACCUGCUGACAAUGAAGAAGUGAAUUUUCUGUACGAAAACAAGCUAUACCUAAAGAUCUUAAAAGCAAAAGAUCAGUUGCAAGCUUCGCAGCAAAGCAAUGAUUCACCAUUUAGCUAUUUUUAAUAACUGGUCCAUGCGAGGGUCUUCAUUCGAAAAAAUUAAACUCAGCAAACUGAACUAUUAGAAAAUACAGGAAACUGCACAUAAAGGUUUGUUUUGCUUGCCUCUGUCAAAUCCAGCUCCAGCAAUUGUUUACGGGCAAUGUUUACUGCCUGCAGUUGUCGUGCUCAGCUACUUCACAGCGAGUGAAAAGGAAAAUUUGCGUCCAGAAGGAAAACAAAACUGUGUAAUUAAAAAUGAAAAAAGGAAAAAAAAAUCUGACUAUUAUUACUUGAGCAACAAAAAAAUGAUCGAAGUAGUCUUUUCUUCUCGAGUAAGCUUGCUGGUCUUCUAUAGUUCAGAGAAAGUUUUAAGCGCACAAAUUUGUUCACUCGCAUGCGUUAGCAUUACGGUUCUUUGACUGAUGACAAGGAUGAAGCUGUUUCUGCAAAGGUAAAUAAAUCUGGGCAUGUAAAAAAACUAACCGAAACAACUAAUAACAGAACACAAGAGGGUUUUAACUCAGCCCGGAGAAAGAAGGCGAAGCACUGGACACAAAAUCAUCUCACAAAUCUAAAGCCCAAUUAUCAGAAAAAUACAAACCUUUUUGGAAAUGUUCAAAACGUUUUAUUCCACCUUAGACUCACAAAAUGAUCCGUUUUUACUCUAACAUCGGUUGUUCUGAAUCCAAAGUAAUUUUCAUGUGACGAAAAAACAACAAAAACGAAUCAAAGAAGACUUUACAAGGAGCAAACGUUCGUACCUCGUGUAUUUCAUUCAGUCUCAACGAGAGCCAUAAUUGGUCUCAAUCAGAACUCUCACAGAACGACACAAACGCAGACAAACGUAGAGUGACAAACGUGAGAAACUCGCCUUGAGCCUGCGAUAAGGGAUGCGCAGAAGCUUGUGCAGAUCGUUUUCCCGCCCUGAAGACCAACACUGACGUCACGUAGUCUCCAGUCCAUUACGCGGCCAUUUCAGAGUCUUCAGAAACGCUCGGAUUUUGAUCUUUUACCUUUCUAUGAACGCUUGGGAAGAAAACUCUUUACCCAAAUCCCACUUAGGAUGGUUCUUUUUAGUGUUUGUUGAAGGUAAAGCGACAAAAGAAAAUAUUUCAAUGUUUUGGUUUAUUUUACCUUUAAGUGAAAAAUGCUACGUAUCAGGGUGGAAAACAUAUUUGCUACACAAAUUUUGUCAAGGUAACUAAAGCUUUGCAGAGGGUUUGUAAUUUAUAGCAAAGAAGCUGUUGAGAGAUAACUAUAUCUAGGAUUAGGUUAACAAAAUCGGAUUUCGGUAACAAUAUGUUCACUGAUACGCCCAUGGUAUAGUCGGUCCUUUGCUUGCGUUUGACACAGUACUGGCCUACGACUACAUGUACCUUUAAAGAAGAAGACAUGCUUGGUGAAUUCAACGAAAUCUUGAAAACUGCUCGAGAAAAUGUGACAUAGUUAUUUUCUUUUUAAGGUUACUAACAUGUCGGUGGAAGGAUUUUAUGGAGUGGACUUGAAGUAUGACCUUGCCAUCAAGCUUGCCGCUCUGCAGAUCCAACAAAAAGCCAUCGAAGCUGCAGUCGGACGCCUGGUGAAAAUAUCAGUACGACAAAUAGAGAAGGAGUUCGGAGGAUUGUGCAAGUUUGUCUCGUCUGAUCUUCUCCACAGUAUGAGGGAUAAAGAAAUCCGUAAGGCUUUGGAUCAGCAAAUAAAACACAACGAGAAUUUAGCCUCCCCAGGAGAAAGACAUAUGAGCUCAUUACAGUGUAAAAUACAUUACUUGAACCUAGCCGCAGAGAUAUUUUCUUACGGUGGAAGAUACUUUGAUGCUGUGCUUGUUGAUAGCGGCAACAAUGGACCAAGUUUAAAUAAGGUUUGUUUCUUGAUAGUCCGGAAAUAGUGUGUCUUAUCUGUGAGAGUGCAACAUAUUUUUAUUAUUUAUUAUUAGUAUUGUUAUUUUAAAAAAUUCUUAUCUUAAUUUUGUAAGUUGUAAACGAGAACGAAAUUUUUGAGUUCUUUGAAUAAAAGGUGUGGGAAUCCUUUAACAGUAAAACAAACUCUUCUUUUAGCAUAUGCCGUUGAGAAAUUGGCACUUCAUUACACUGUGCUCUCAAAACAGUUCCGACGAGUCCGGGGUCCCGAUAGUCUUGCGUAAAUCAAUAGUUCUGGUUUUUACCAUGUUUCCGUUACAUUCAGUACUUAGUGUUUGGAAGCACAGUACUAGGAAGUCAUCAGAACCUCACGAGGGCAGUUUUAGAAGUUACAAUUAGUCAGCUUCCUGAUUUUCACUCAUUAGAUAUCGAAAAUAAUAAUGAUAAUGACAAUGAUUAUAAUUUUUACAGAACAAGAGGCAGCAUGUCACUGUACUAGUCAACCUGAAAUAUGGAGUGAGUCAAGUUGUCAGAGGAAAAGUUAAUGUUGUAAGUUAUAUCUCUUCUUUUGAUGUUAAUGAUGAGAAUGAUGUUGGUAAUACUGAUUUCAAGUGGUGGUUUUCGUUUGCCACAUUCCUUGAUCGAAUGGGAAUUUGAGGAUGCUGAUUUUUAAUGCGAGGGUCGAACCAGAGUACCUAGCUUUUUGGAACAAGGACGAACGCGCACAGUACAAGAAACUCAACCCACAUAUAGCGUCGCCUCCGAUAUACAAUCCUAGGCCACAGUGGUGACACGUGAGUGCUCUCUACUGCGCCGCCCCUAUUCACCACCACUCUCCCUUCUCCAUUUUCCUGGAGAUCUCACUGUCCCCUGUCAAGUAAAAAGCCAGCGUAUAAGUUUUAUAUCCUUUGCCGGUAGGUUCACGGUAAAUGUUUGUAGGCCAUGCAAUUGACAGCUCCAAUACACAGCCUAUUUAAUAUUUUAUGUUUUUAAUAGCUUUCUGUCCAGCUUAAUAGGCUUAUACGUCGACCUUUUUGUUUUCUAUUUUCUUGUGAAUCAUUGUUACUAAUUUGCUCAUUCAACCAUGUAUCCGCCCAUUAACUUUGCGUUGACAAGGGGCUUUGCUAUUUUAUUCUCAUUCGCAGCUGUGUCAACUUGCGGAGUUCUACGAGAUCAAAGGAUUCAAGAUUUCUCUUUACGAAGAUCACAAGCGGCUUUUGCGUAUCCAGCUUCAAGAGGGGAAGGUUUGUAAUUUGUACUUUGCCGGUAUGGCUCAGGUCUUCAGAUUAGACUACAACUACACGACUAAGUAUGACUGCAACUUUUAAACACGACAAUCUCAUUCUUGUUGGUCGAUAUCUGUGAUUCACAGCGAGGGAGGAGGGAUUUGAGAACACUGAAUAAAAUUCAUUAGCCGUAUUCACUGUCGUUCCGUGAUAUUGCUCAACUGUUAUGGUCCCUAUAUCGAACGCUAACAUACUGUCUGAAUCACUUCAUCUACAGUUUACUCUUCAUAUUAACUGGAUAUAUGAUCCCCGUUGCACCAAAUUGUGAACAACGGUAUUCGGGAUUUCAGUAAAAUUUUUCUCUCCUCUCUCUUUUGAGGCAAUGCGUGAUUCCUCUUUAAAAUGAAAAUGUCAAACUUUGCAAAUCUUACAACGGGUUGAAUAUAAUGUUCACUUCUUCAUUUGAGAAAAAUAAUGGUGGUUUGCUUUCUCGUAUCAUACAGGAAAUUCAGUUAAUUUGUUCCUCAUUGGACUGCAUGGACAUAAUUGCGCUCAUUACUGGUUAUUACAAAUUAUAUGUCGACAACACAAGCAACAAUCCACUACCUAUAGAAAACGAAGAGAAAUGGCCGUUUUCAUUUAGGCGGGAUCCUCCAGCAAAUGACGGUGGGUAAUACUUCGUUUUGUUUGCCGUUGAAUUUCAUGUUUUUGCUUGAAGUGAUUUGAAUUUAUUUAUUUGUCUUACAGCGCCAGUAUUUUACUCAAGACAUCAUGUGGUCCCAGACGUUUGGUCAUACCCUUCGCGCUUUAGAACGUUAACUUCAAAGAACAAAAGACAAGUAGAAACCACUAAACCCUUAAAAGGUCACAAGGACUUAUUUAUCGACCUGUCGAAGGCUCCCCCUCGAUACCAUGAAACGGCGAUUUCAGAGGAGCCUGGUGACGACCACUUAGUCACAGGAGAAGUCGAGCAGAAGAAACUGGAGCAGGAAUCCGUGGUCAAGAAAACCUCACGGUCGCCCAACCUCCAAACUAAAGAUGAUGCAGGUGAUGGUGAUGAUGAUUCCCCUGAUUCUGUCAUGACGCAGGAUGAUUACAGUUUUCUUGAAAAGGCAUCAUCUGUUUUAAAGACAAGUGUGGAGAACAUGGGCAGUGUCAGGAAUUAUACACAAAGUGAUAUUUGUAACGGUGACGAAACCUGGUGGGACACAGAAGAGUUAAACGAGUCACGAAAGCGACACCGAGCAUCCUUGGAAAUUUCUGAUAAAGAAAGAUCGGGUAGUAAGUCUAUCAAAACAGCAGAGGGAGACGACUUUAAAGACGUUGAUUUCAUUUCAGAGGUAGUACCCACAGGUGACAACGAGGAAAAUAAAAACGCAGAAGUAACUGUUUUUGAUGAAAGCGAAGAUGAAGUAAGUGUCAGCGAUACAGAGAGCUUAAGGUCAGUAACAACUAACUGGUCGUCAACUGAAGGUAGUAGCAGUGGAUUAAUUUUGUCUGUAAAUUCCGAGCAGCACAGUACUCACACGGUUAGUGGUUUUGAUGAAACAGAUGGGGUUGACAAAGUGACGAGAACACCAAUUCUCCUGUCUCCUGAAGGUGAUUCCAGUGAAUAUCAAUAUGUUGAAAAGGAGUUGGAGAACCUGGGAUUUAGUGACAGUGGUCUGCCAGGUAGUCAUAGUAGCCACACAAAUGAAGGAAAGUCUGUCUCAAUCAAAUGCAAUGGGAAUUUUCAAGCAGUUGCAGAUAACCAAGUGUAUCUAAACUCUACCGCAGAUCCUCAAUGUGACAGAGUUUCAACUACUUUAAGCGAUCUGGGUAGCGUCGAAAGGAAAUUCGACAGCAAGACAAUAGAACAAAUGGAUUAUACGGAAAAUGAAAUUGCUUUCGGCAGAUUUGAUGAACAGGCAACUUCGGAGGAUUAUUGUCAUACUCCUGAUUCAGACAACGUUGAGCCUAAAGAUUCCAAACUGGUAGAUUGUAAAAGUUUUGAAAGCGAUGCAUCCAAUAAACACCAGGAUCUUAACAGUCUUAGGGAGAGUGAACUAAGCCAUGUGGUUUUAUCAGAAUUUGUUGAAAGUAGUGACUCAGAAACGGCGUCUGAUGUUUCGGAAGGAGAAGAAUCUCUAUUCUCAGAGUUUCCAGAGUUCUUCCAGCCCAGUAGGCGCCUUAGGUAUUCCGGUACCAAAGAGGGCAUUCUUUGUAUUGCUGAGGAAGAUCAACUUGAAUAUGAUAUGGAUGAUUUGAAUUAUCUGGAAUGGAAACAAGAUCGUGUGCCGGUGAGUCUAAUAAGAUUCCACUCAAAAGAUAAUUUAGACACCGUCACGUCUACAAAUGGCGUCAUAGACGCCGGCCAGUUUGAGCAAGAUUUGGAAGAAUUGUCUACCACUUCCUCAGAAAUUUCUGAGGUCUCUUAUGAUAUAACUCCUGAUUUGACGGUGAAAGACAGCGAAAUAAAAUGUAAUAAAUUUCUGCUUUCUGGCAAGGAAAAGAAAGACGUUUGCGAACAGCAAGAUGAGGAGAGUGAUGUUACACCUGUUUCGUUGAUUUCAUUAAAUGAUAGACGUCGUGACGUCUCGCUGGAGUCUCAUUCAAGCUCGGACGAUCAGGAGAUUAUGAUAGCGAAAUCUUCGGCCUCACUUUCAGGUGAUAAAGCGGUUCUAUACUCUGAUGAUUACCUGAAUUUAAUCGAAAUGGAAAGCACUGCCAAAACGUCAGAAGCUGUCGUUAGCGAAGAGCCAAACAUGCUGCUUGAAUCAAGUUCCUUUAAUGAUGCUUGUGCUGGAUCCAGGCCUUCAUUUGACCGAUCAUUCCAACAAAAUGUCUUAGAAUUCCGAUCUUUAAACACUUUCUCUGAUAAAAGUGACCCUGUUUGGGAGGACACAGGGAGCCCAUGUUCUCCAUCUGCCUGGAUCAUACCCUCGCCUCCAACGCCUACUCCGGAACUUCAAGAAGAUGAUAUUCAAGUUGUCUCGCCUCCUCCUACUGAUACUGCAGUAUUAUAUGAGGAUGAAUUGGAUACGGAGCUUGAAGACCUGAUUGUCCCACCUCCUCCUUUGGCUGAAAGUGUUACUACCAUUUCAGAUAUAAAAAUUGCCUCUCCCCCACCAUCACUACCCAAGCAAUUAACCAACCAAAACGUUACAGACGAUUUAGACUGCGAUCACGACGAAGUAAGGUUUCUGUCCUUGACUGAUGAUCAUAAAAUCGCUCACAACAAAGGACUGCGGGUAAAUUUUACGGAAGACAACAAAAUUAAAGCUCAAAAUGUUGAGGCUCGCGGAUUUUUUGCUUCAAAACGAACAUUUUAUGCAAGCCAGUCAGCAUUUUCAAGUUGCGGCACUUACCAAGACAACAUAUCUGCCAAAACCUACUCAGCAGCUUCACUAAAACAAAAGCCUGCUGUUCCCCCCAAACCAUUUUACUUGCAGUCAACAAAAAGUAAAAGCAGAAUGAUCAGAUGCGAUACUAUUACCGCAGAUAAAGGUAUCGACGCUUCGUUGAAUGCAAAGCAUGUGAUCAAACCUGAAGGUAAUGCCACCGUGGCUAGAACCAUAAAUGAACCUGAGCAAGGUUUAAAUCAACUGCAUACGAGGGCUGGCCUGUCAUUUUUGCCAUCUCCAUUUCACAAUGAAACCUUCUUUAAGGAUUCAAACAAUAAUGAUGAAUGUCCCGUGCAGUCCCAAUCACAGGUAAAAACAUCCUUUAAAGUUUUGGGGGAGGUUUUGGAGUCAGACCCGGGAGGCGAAGUUAAAUCUAGUAAAUGUAAUGAUGAACUCUUCUUGAACUCUUUUGUGGAAUCGGAUUCCAUGAGUACGUCUAAAAAGCCCGUGACGUUUCAUCCACCAUAUGUGGUUUCUACCUUGGUUACCUCCGAAGACGUUUUAACCGAACAUGAGAUUAGUGAACAACCUGGCUCUAGUAGAAUGAGGAGAAGCUUUGAGUUAAUGACCAGACCACAACGACCUAUACAAUCCUCCAAGAAAGGCGUCUUUAAGUUUCUAUCUCACAAACAGUCAGUUGAUUUCAACGAGGAUGUUAAUGAAAAUUUGUUGCCUCUAUCGACCCCGUCGCUUACCCCUGACAGUUCCCCACCUCCAUUGCCGGAAACUUCACCUCCGAAAACCAUUGUUGGUUUAAAUGACGAUCAUUUUGACUUCGGCGAACCGUUAAGUGAUACAUUGGAAGAUUAUGCCCAGAGUUACGGUCGCGGGGACCAAUGCUUCGAUCUUCCUUCCUCUGCAACGGAAUUGAAAAGGAGGCGACCUCUAGACAAACUUCGUAAACGGGGCAGUCCCAGCUUGCUGAAAAGUGAAGAGGAAACUUCCAGUAAAUUCUACAUCACUGGUUCAUCUCCUCGAGGCAUAAGCUGGAGAUCUUUUAGCGAGGACAAUCUUCAUCUUGAAGACGAGAGAUCUUGCACUAGUAAGACCAGAAUUCCCAGCUUCAUUUUUAGUCAGAAUAGAAAGUUGGGUGACGUCAUUGAUUCAUGUUCAGGCUUUCAUUUUCUGGAACAACAUCAAACUCACUCUGUCGAGACAAAAUGCUCUGAAGUAUGCAAAGAAGGACUGUCAAGAGUUUGCAGCUUUAAAAAAAGGCUUGAAUUCUGUUUGAAAGAAGGUUUGACAAUUGAAAAAUUACCAGAUGAACGAACGAACUGGCUGUUGAUGUUACAAAACAACGCUAGGUUCUUAACAUGUGACGUGAAAGUUAUCGUUUCGAGUGUUCAAAGAGGAACCGCUCAAGUUGUGUCAGCAAUCCAGGCCUCUUUAGAUUCUUUGGAAAAGCUGGUUGAGUCUUGCGAGAAAGCCAACGCGACAGUUGUUGACAACACGACAUGGAGUGUCAGUACGAUGGUAUCUAUGGUGAUUGAGGUGGUAGAGCACUGUGGUGAUGUCAUCGCAAGUGUGGAAGCCACAGUGGAAGAACGGCCAAAUAACUGCGGUUUGGAAUCAUUGACUGAGAAAGCUAAUGCCCUAGGAACGUUAAUUGCUUCAUUGAUCAGAAAGAUACGAAAGGGUUGAUGGGCAAGAUAUGAUGCUAUUGCUUUGUUGAAGCAAAUAAUACUUAUUGUGUCACGUGUUGUUCAUAGCAUACCAGCUACAGGCUGAAACGGUUGAACCUCCUUUUUUUGUUUCAGUGGUUGACAUAUACAACUAAAGCUGUUGAUCAAUAUUUAUUAGAAGGUUUUUUUAGUUUUUGUUUUAGUCCAAAAUGCCUUUGUAAAAUGUAGAUUACUUGUAAUUAACUUAAUGAAAACGUCCGUAUUAAUGCGGUUGACUGAUGUACGAAACAGAAUAUCCCCCUCUAUUUUUUGCUAUUAGUUACUCUUAUAUAAUGUCGGGUUUUAGAUAACGAGGGGGUUAAGUCUGACGGAUUCUGCAUGAACCUAUUUUUUGAUUAGGAAACGUGGACAACUGAGCCUUUCAACAUAGGUGUGCCUGUGAUUUUAGUAACUCACACUAUUUGCCCGAAUAAUUACGAAAAUGCUGUUUCUCUGCAAAGGUUACGGAGCUGUGAUAUGCACGAACUUUUUGCGUUUUUUUUGGCAGUACAUCGUAGUUUUAAUGCUAUUUUUUAACAAAGGGAGGACUAGCAUUAGAAGGGAGUCUCGAUAGGGUUAACCGUUAGUUGUAACACGGUCAAAUAAUUUUGUCGUUAGGCGCAAAAACAAGAAAAGCUUUAGUCGUAAAAGAUUUCCUAGCUACAGUUUGGAGAUUGCUGAGAUCUCCUGUCAGGACUUUAUUUUGCUAGAUUUCUGGACCGAUGGAGCCUAUCCAAUCCUUCCUUCCUUUCUUCCCUUUUUUUUUUUUCAUCCAGGGAAUUCGUCCUUUGAGACUGUCUGACCUUGUAUGUUUUGUAACAAUGGUUAUUAAUUUGAACACCUUUUUAGAGGUGUGUUUACCGUUUAUCUCCACCACAUUGAGACCCUCUUAGAACCAAGUAGUCGGUCUGUUUCUUGUCGACAGAUUAAUUUACAUGUAAUUGUCGAGGACUUUUAUUUAUUGCAAUGGGAUUUUAUCAUUUUCAUCAGUGAUUUCAUCAAAUCGUAUUUAAAGCUAAUAACAUGAUUGAACUUUUUAUUUAUUACCAUUAUGAUAAUUAAAAAAUAUCCUUGUUGUACAAGGGCUGCCGCAUCUGCAAUUGUAAAAAUAUAAAUAAAGACGCAAAAGUAUUUUGCUUAGCCCUUCACCUUGAGAAACGCUACUUUGAAAACAAAUAAAUGCUUUGAUCUGAAUGUUAUUGGGUUCGGCAGUUUCUCAUCUCUCAGUUACUUUUUGCAUGCCGGAGCGCUUAAAUAAUAGCAGUGACGAAAUAUAAC